AUGGCAGAUUCUUUUUUCGGAUUCGAUACUUCGCUAUCGAACUUAAAUGAUGAUGAUUGUGGUGCUGAACCUUCAGAGGAGGAAUAUGAUGCUCUUAACAAUGAGACUUUUGGACAUGACGAUGAUCUUGACUGGGAGGUGGAGCAUGAGCAGCUGGCCGAGCAGUUGGAGAGCAGUCGACGUCAGAAUGCAAUGGACGAGGCAGAUUCUAGACUUGAAGCAUCACUCUCCCAGCUAGUACUUGAUGAAAGUGACAUCCAGCCGAGAACAUCCCUAGGCUCAAAUGUAUGGAGGCAUGAUUUCUUUCCCACACCCCCUGUGGCUCCAACUCUCAAGAAUGUCUGUACGGUGGAGGAAUUGGAGAGGCAGCUCCGCCAAAACCAGCCACCACAGAAUUUCAACCAGAAUUAUUUUCAGCCCCGCUUCCCACCCGUCAUAUUACAACGACCACCAGGCCUACAGGCGCCAGUAUCCUUACCCUUCGCGCCACAACCAAUCGGACCCAACAUCAACCAAAUGAACCAAUCCGUCAAUAAAAUCAUUGGCCCAAACCAAAUGACCCCAAACAAUCAGAUGAUGCAAAAUAUGAAUAUGGGUCAAAAUAAAAUGGGGCCUUAUAUGCAAAACAAUCAAAUGAACCAAUUUCAAAACAACAUGGGACAAGGUAUGAUGAACCAAAUGUCCCAAAAUAUGAACCAAGUGGGACAAAACAUGAACCAAAUGGGGCCAAACAUGCAUCAGGUGAACCAGAACCAGUUAUUUCAGAACCAAAUGACUCAGAAUCAUUUGCCACAAAACAUGAAUCCCAUGGGACAAAAUAUGAAUCAGAUGACUCAAAUUGGCCAAAACCAACUGAAUAUUAAUCAGAUGGGACAAAAUAUUAAUCACAUGGGACAAAGUGUUAACCCGAUGGGACAAAAUGUCAACCAGAUGGGGCAAAAUAUGAACCAAGUCAGUCAAAAUCAAAUGGGCUCAAAUGUUAACCAGAUGGGACAAAAUGUAAACCAGAUGAUGCCUAACGGAAAUUUCGGGAGCAAUCAGUAUCAUGUGAUGGGGAAUCCCAGAAUGAUAGCUCCACCCCCAGGUAUGGGGCUGCCGAGGCAGAAUUUCAACCAAAAUGUUAAUCAUUUCAAUCAGAACUUUCGAGCCCCCAACCCCAUAAAAACUGAACCAAUGAACAUGAAAAACCAGUCUAAUAACCAAAAACCAAUGCAAACUAAUUCCAACCAGUCGCCCAAGAAGCGUUCGGAGCCCAAAAUCAAAAGCCAAGUGUACAACAAUUCUCAAAAUAAAAGUCUGACGUCACAGAACUUGGUUCAAAUAAUUCAAAACACGCAAAGGAUGCUAAUGUACAACAGUCUGCACAAUGCAAGCCACCACCCCAUGCUGGGAAGGAACUUCAAUAACCAAAUUGUGCAUCCUAUGCUGGGACAAAGGAAUGGUGGAUUUAAUGCAUUUAGCCUGGAUUCGUCCAGCGACGACGGCAGCACUGCAAGUGACGUCGACGAAUACGCUGGUCUGAUGACGCAACGGGAGAAGCAGUGGCUGAUCAAUAUACAGAUGCUGCAGCUAAACACCGGGACACCCUAUAUACACGACUUUUAUUAUACAGUGUUCUUAGAAAGGCAGGCGAAUAAGGAGAAAGCUGGCGUGAAAGAGGCGCACAAGGCGAACCAACAGAAUCAUCCAUUCUAUAGCGGUGGAGUAAAACAGGAAGAGUCCCACAGACACCGCGAGAGGCACAACUCGCACAGGCACAAUUCGACGAGCGAAGACCAGCCCAGGACCUAUGUACCCCUCCAGUUUGAAAACUCCCUGGGCAAAUUACAGUGUGGCAGUGUGACAGCGCCCCGUAAAAUUAUCGACGUCGAGGUCGUUGGUUCGGAGCCAGCUGGAUCUAAGGUGUCGAGAGCGCCCAGUGUUGCCAGCACCACGCAUCCUUCAGAGAUACCGCGAGAAAUGAAAAGGACAAAACAACUGUUGCUAGAUAUUGAAGCGUUAUAUCUAAUUCUGCUGAGGUUGGAGGAGCUCAACGAUCCAUUGGCUAUAUCUAACGCACUUAUACUCAAGGAGAGAGAAGAAAAGCAAAAACUCUUAGAGGCCGCACAGAAAGAAGCGGAGGCCCAAGAGGACGAGUCGAACGUUUUCUUGAAGAACAUCGAGUCGGUCCAGCGGAGGCCUAAGCAGGACAGCCCCAAGAGCGAAUGCGUUGAUAAGAGACAGGUUGUGAACUUGGCCAUAAACCAGAAGCCGGUGCCAGUGAAAAACCUCUUGGACGAAGACAAGGAUGACCUGCUCAGCAAGAUGUUCGCCGGUCUGCUUCACGGGGACAGGUUGUCACAAAUGUUGGCUGUUAGAAAGGGACGGACGUUGGUCAGCCGAUUCCUCGCUCGAGUACCAGUUACACAUUCGCGAUUACGCUUCCUCUGGUGUAGGAUUCUACGGGCUCUGUCUUCCAGCCGCUGCCGGUUCGACUCUCGUCUCGCUGAUUUGGCAGAUUAUUAUCGCAAGUAUAUACAGAACAACUCGGGCUGGACGGCGGUUUUGGAGUGCUGCGGUAUUCUCUCAGAAGCGUUAGACCCCGCGAGAACGCCUUACGCCUUAACAAAUGCUCUAACACUCAGCUGCGUAUGCGCACUAACAGAGAAGGCAAUGGUUUUAUCGAACACGCCAGACGCCACAUCUAGCGAGCGACAGUGGUUCAAAUUCUUAAAGACAGUCGCUAGAGCGCUGAAGAACACCACGUUGAACGUUGCAAAACCAGUUUCACCACUGCCAGAGAACAAACUGCUGCACCACAUAAAGCAAUUGGAAUCUAGAAGCACCAUCGAAAUUCUGCAGAGGGGCAAACGCCCCUCGGAUUACGCAGACCUGACGAAGAGCGACGUAUCCGAAUUGUUGGUUAGGUACCUGUGUUGA